AUGUCAGAGGAUAGAGAACUACAACAGGCGGCGAUUAUUAGAUUCAUGUGUAUACUUACUGAUCCCGAUCCUCCCAUCAAUGAGCUUGUUCGAUUUGGUAUUGUUUAUCGCCUAGUGGAAUUAAUUUCCAGAUACCCUGACCAAAAGCACGGAGCAAUUUUUGUUCUAGUAAAAAUGAUCCAAUCAUCGUACUAUCAAGUCCUUCUUGAUUGUGGUGUUGUCCCCAUACUUGUCCAGCUUCUCAAAUCUGACAGGGAGGAAGACCGACUACUGGCUGUAUGGGCACUGGGAAACAUUGCUGAGAAGUCACCACCAUCCUAUGAUCAUGUCAUAAGCUGCGGAGCCAUGUUGCCUCUGUUGGCUCAAUUCGAUGAGCCACAUUCAACGCCCGAAAUGCUGCUUUGUGCUUCAUGGACACUACGCGUCCUGUGCAGUAGGUAUCCCCCGCCUCCACAUGAGCUGAUAAGUCCAGCUAUACUGGAACUUGAGCGCCUUUUGUAUUCAAACGACUCGGAUGUUCUCCUAAAUGCAUCUGUUACUCUGGCAUGUCUCUCUGAGACAAACGACGAUGAUAUCAUUGAAAUUCUGAUUGGCUUAGCGGUCAUUCCUGGCAUGAUUCAACUCUUAGAGCAUCCGCUGAGCGUGGUUCAACUUCAAGGUCUCCGCACGGUAUACGCUAUAAUGAUGGGGGAGAAUGAUGAUUAUACCCAGGUUGUUAUUGACCAUAAACCCCUUGGUGGUCUCAUGAACUUCUUGACAAAAACACAACGAGACAAUGCCAAAAAGGCAAUUUGCAGGAUUGUCUAUAAAUUUACAUUUUGGGACGAGAGUCAGCUUCAAGAAGUGAUUGAAUCAGGCAUAAUGCAACAUGUGAUUCCCCUGCUUGAAAACAGUGAUGAACAAAUUAAAAGAUAUGCUGUCUGGGCGAUUUCUAACAUAACUGAGCAGCGCAAUCAUGACGAUGUCAAUUUGCUUGUGGCCCAAGGAUGCAUUGAAGCCCUGUGUGAUCUUCUCACAUCUCCCAAACCAUAUCUCGUCUCAGCGGCCUUGGAUGCUCUAGGGGACAUUCUCAUAGUAGGCUUCACAGGAGCAGGACAAGGUUAUCUGUACAUUACCAGGAUUUACGACGCAGGUGGUUUCGAGCCACUCGUGGCUCUUCAGGAACACCCGAACGAAGAUAUCCGCGAUAAAGCCUCCGACAUCAUCGUGGAUUAUUCGGAUUAUUGGGACGACUGA